CGCUAUCCGUAUUUUAUCGACAAUUUGAUACUACGACGUGUAAUUGAAAUGACGUGGAGUGAAAAAUUUCGAAUUAGACGAUCGUGUCAAUUUAUAAAGAAGGAGUGAAAACAGCCUGGAAAUUGUUGAUACAAGCGCGAGAUUCGUCGAUAAGUUAUCUGUAAUUUCGAUAAAAGAAGUCGUACGGAUAUUUGAUGCUUAACGAUGCUCUCGCAAGACCGUACGAAGCCUUUUGCGAAGAUACUCGACACGGUGUAUACUUUAAUCUUUCCCACAGUUUGUACAAUUUUUCUACCUCGACUUUUACAAAAUGGAAAUGUCAUUUCACGUCGGUGAUACCGAAGUGAUUUUGUUCCGUCAAUGGUAUUCAAAGGAUUCUGCAGGUAUCGUGGCGUCGAUGAUUGGCAUCAUUCUCUUGACGACUAUAUACGAAGGGAUAAAAAGCUAUCGUGAAUUGCUCUUUUCGACAAUGCACGUCCUCCAAACGGUUGUUCACGUUAUUCAGCUAGUCAUAGGGUAUUUCCUUAUGCUAAUUUUCAUGACGUACAACGUUUGGCUUUGCAUCGCUGUAGCAUUAGGCGCAGCUCUUGGCUAUUGGAUGUUCAGCUGGGAAAAGUCCAGCGGGAAUAACAUUGAUUGCUGCUUGUAGAUUCUCUCAAAUUCUUAAUUUCCAUAUUCGCUGUCGAAAUCAAAUAUCAAUGUCAAAGACAAAGUAUUUCGACGAAAGAUACUUUUCUUUUUUUUAACUUUCCGACGUAUAUAACUUUCAGCAAUAAUUAAAGAUAAUGCAUAAUUAAUACAACUUUAAUAUAACUAUGAUACUUUUUUUUUUUUAACGCGAAUGUAACUUUCCGACGUAUAUAACUUUCAGCAGUAAUUAAAAAUAAUGCAUAAUUAAUACAACUUUAAUAUAGCUAUGAUACUUUUUUUUUUAACGCGAAUGUAACUUUCUGACGUAUGAUGAUAACUUUUAGCAAUAAUUAAAGAUAAUGCAUAAUUGAAAAAACAAACGAAUAAAUUACUGAAUUUACGUACAGCUGUGGUCAUGUAACAUGA